AGAAGAAGAAGAGAAGUAGAGGGAGAAGAGAAGAAGAGGGAAAAGAAGAGAGGAAGAAGAGGGAGAAGAGAAGAAAAGAAGAAGUAGAAGAGAAGGAAGAUGGAGAGGAGAAAGAGAGGCAGCUGCAGCAGCUAGGGCUGCAGCACCUCUGUUUCCCGCAGGUGGAAACAGAGGAGAGGAUGUGUGGGCCGUUGAGGAUGAAAAGGGAAGAAGAAGAAGAAGAAGAAGAAGAAGAAGAAGAUAGCUGCGGCAAGGCUGCAGCGAGGAGGUGUGUGGCGUUGGGGAGGAAAAUGGAAUAGGAGAAGAAGAGAAGGAGAAGAAGAGGGAAAAGAGAGGGACGGGGGAGAGGAGCAAGAGGUGGCAGCAGCUAGGGCUGCAGCACCUCUAUUUCCUGCAGGUGGAAACAGAGGAGAGGUGUGGGGCGUUCGAAGAGGAGAAGAAGAAGAAGAGGAAGAGAAGAAGAAGAGGAAGCAGGAGAAGAGGUUGUGAUACCUCUGUUUCCUGCAGAGGAAACAGAGGAGAGGGUGUGUGUGACGCCGGGGAAGAAGGGGCUGCAGCUGCGGCGAUGGCAGCUGCAGCUGGAAGAGAAGAAGAAGAGGAAGAUGAGCAGGGGAGGAGGGAGAGGUUGCGGCCGUGGCUGCAGCCGCGACUGCAGCAGUUGCAGCGGGGAGAGAAGAAGAAGAAAGGAAGGAGAAGGAAGAGGAGAAGGGAAAGAAGUAGCUGCGGCUGCGGUUGUGGCAGCUGCAGCUAUGGCAGGGAAAGAGGAAGAGAAAAAGGAAAGGAAGAAGAAGAGAAAGGGAAGGAGAGGAAGAAGAGAGGAAGAGGAGAAGGGGCUGCGGCUGUGGCGAUGGCAGCUGCAGCUGUGGCAGGGAAAGAGAAAAAGGAAAGGAAGAAGAAGAGAAAGGGAAGGAGAGGAAGAAGAGAGGAAGAGGAGAAGGGGCUGCGGCUGUGGCGAUGGCAGCUGCAGCUGUGGCUGGGAAAGAAGAGAAGGAAAGGAAGAAGAAGAGAAAGGGAAGGAGAGGAAGAAGAGAGGAAGUGGAGAAGGGGUGGCAGCUGCGGCAGUGGCAGCUGCAGUUGGAAGAGAAGUAGGAGAGGAAAUAGAGUAGCGGAGGAAGAAGAGGCUGCGGUUGUGGUGGCUGCGGCCAUGGCUGCGACUGUGACUGCGGCAGUUGCAGCUGGGAAAGAAAGGAAAGGAAAGGGGGAAAAAGGGGCUGCGGACGGGAUUGCGGCCGCAGCGGCAGCGACUGCGUAUGCAGCAGUUAUGUCUGCGAGAGAAGGGAGGAAGGAAGGUAGUGCGGUGGAAGGGGCUGCGAUUGUAGCAGCGGCAGCGGCGGCGGUUGUGGCAGCUGCGUUUGGGAAAGAAAAAGAAGGAAUGAGAGUAAGAGAGAGCAGGUGACUGUGCCUCGAUGUUCGACACGUGGUGUAGUUGCGAAGAAAGGAAGAAAACGGGAGCACAAAACGAAACAGAGAGAGGAUACGGAGGAAAAGUAGAAGGAUUUGGGCUAGCACCUUCUUUGGAUCUUCGGAUCGAAAUCCUUGAAAGGUCAGCUUGUCACUCUUCGAGAUGUUUGAUUUGGGCUGAGGCAGUGGAUAGCUAUUCAGAAUUAUGGGCAAGUUUGGUUGGUUAUUAUGAUAUUGUUGUAUAAGUAUGUUUUGUAUGUAAUGAAAUGUUGUCGAUGAACCGAAAUGGAUAUACUGUGUCAAAGUGUUAGGAGAUCUCUCUUAUUUGGAAUUUCAGAAUGUUAAAGUCUAAUUUAUGAUGAUACGAACUUGUGGUGAAUAGUUGGAAUUCUGAUUGUAUAAUUUAUUUAGCUUGUGGAUUUAUAAAUGUUGUUCAUGUUUGUCAA